UCGACCAAUUGGGCCCGAGACAGAUACAAGGCCCACAAGAAUCGACGAAGAGGAAGACAUCACCGAAAGGGAAGACGAGGAGGAAGACGAAGAUCCCUGCACAUCACCAGAGCCGGAUCUCGAUCCGGUACCCGAGCCAAUGGAGGUACAAGCAUCGGCAGUGUCCGCUGCUGCGGCAAAUCUACACGCAUUACGACAGCAUGUCUUCAAAAUGUCCGACUAUUGGCAACAGCCCCAAAGAGGACCACCUCAACAUUCACCAGGACUGCAGCACAGUCCCUUACAGAAUUCGACCCAACAAAACCAGACAAAUCUCCACAGUCCUCUUGGACAGCAGCAACAGCAACAGCAGCAGCAACCACAACAACAACAGCAACAACAACCGCAGCAGCAACAGCAGCAAACCACUACUGCCUCACAGGCUCAACAAACAAUAACUCAAAAUUCCACACCAAUGCAACCAUCUUUAAUGAUGAGCCAACAACCUUCCCAACAACAUCAGUCUUCCCCAUCGCCCACAUCGCCAUCACCACAAGCUGAUCAUCAAAAUUCCAUCAACACAUGUAUGGUGCAAAGUUUACAUAGUUUUGCUCAGGCACAAGUCCAAGCGAAAGCACAACAAACAAUGUCACAAGCCUCAAGUCCCACACUCACCGUCCAAGCUGUGCAAGCUGCUCAAGCAAUAAAUCAAAAUUUGGGCCAAGCACUGACACAGGCCCUACAGCAAAAUAUGCAACAAAGUCUUGGUCAAACGUUACAGCAUAAUCUUGCUCAAAGUCUCACGCCAAGUUUAUCGCCACAACAACAACAACAAUUAUUAAAUCAACCACAAAAUUUAAGUCAAAGCCAACAGCAACAAUUGCAACAGAAUAUGCAAAAUCAAGUGCAAAAUUUAUCACAACAACAAGCGCAAAAUUUAACACAAACAUUAAAUCAUCAAACAUUGCAGCAGCAGGCACAAAAUUUAAGUCAAACAAUGCCGCAAAAUUUACAACAACAAGUACAAAAUUUAAGUCAAAAUAUGCAACAGCAAGCUUUGAAUAUGGCAAAUUCAAUUAGUCAAAAUGGUGGUCUGAGUGGCAUGAACGUUACGGGGAAUCAACAGCAAAAUUCGCAGAAUUCAAUGCUGAGUCCUGGUGCAGGUAGUCAGGAUUCUCACGAUGUCACACUCUCGGAGAAACUGAUGAAUGAAUUGCAGUCUCGAGCUGGGCUCAUAGGUCCUGGUGGAGGUGGAGGAGAAAUGAGCAACAACAUCAGCGAACGCGCCCUCCAGGAAUGCUGGUCCACCCUGCAACGAUUCUUUACGCAGAUCUUCAUGAAACAGACAGCCACAAUGAUGCACCCGAGAGAUCUUGCUGCGGGAGCAUUAACGGGACGUCCCGGUGUUGGUAUCCCAGGAGGAUUGGCAGGCCUUGGCGUUGGACCUGGUGGCAUGAUCACCGGAAACGAAGUCAAACCCCAUCAAUGUCAACAAUGCCUCAAGUCAUUCUCGAGCAAUCAUCAGCUUGUUCAACACAUCAGAGUUCACACUGGUGAGAAGCCUUACAAAUGCAGUUACUGCGAUCGGAGGUUUAAACAACUCAGUCAUGUACAACAACACACAAGACUACAUACUGGUGAACGGCCCUAUAAGUGCCACCUUCCUGAUUGCGGGCGGGCCUUCAUCCAGCUGUCGAAUCUCCAGCAGCAUUUGCGGAAUCAUGACGCGCAGGUGGAACGGGCGAAGAACCGGCCGUUCCACUGUAACAUUUGCGGCAAGGGCUUCGCAACGGAGUCCAGCCUCCGGACCCACACGUCGAAGGUCAGUCAUGAGUUGCAACAGCGUGUUGUGUUCCAGCAACACGCCGCCCUUCUCGGCGGCCCCAACGCUACAAGCUGUCCCAUCUGUCACAAGCUCUUCCUCGGCGGUGAAGCCCUCAUGGAACACAUGAAGCACACCCACAAGGAUCCAAAUGCUUCCGGCGUUGCCAUUCCCCCCGCUGACUGCACAACCUCCAUUGCCGGGGCUUACCUAGCGAAGAGACGGACUGCCAAUCAUCCAUGUCCGGUGUGCGGUAAACACUACGUCAACGAGGGAAGUCUUAGGAAACAUCUAGCCUGCCAUCCAGAAACGAGCCAAAUUAGCAGCCUCAGGAUGUGGCCUUGUUCCGUUUGCAACGCAGUCUUCACGCACGAAGGCGGCUUGCUGACACAUAUGGAACACAUGAGAAUGGAUCCAAAACAUCAAUUUGCAGCGCAAUAUGUUCUUAGUCGAGCAGCAGCUGAGAGAAGAGAAAGGGAACUUCUCGCUGGUUCCAGUUUAGCAGGUCUCGGUGUUUUGGGGAGUCAAGCUGGAGGACCUCAGAAUUUACAACAACCACCAAUGUGCCCUUCGCCCUCGGCUCAUUCAGAUAGCAGUAGUGGAAACGGAAGACUGUCCUCAGCCGGUAGUGAACCUGAUUUUUGCGCAGGCACCGGUCUUCUCAACAAUAACAAUAACAACAACAACAAUAAUAUGGCAUCGCCAGGACCAAGUGGAAAUAAACUCAGUGAAAUGUUACGAGCGGGCAGUCAACCGGGUUCGGCGCAACACUAUCAGGAACAAAUGGAAUCGCAACAACGUAUGGCUGUUAUGGCUGCUGCAGUAUCAGCAGGGCUUCAAAACUCGGUGUCGCCAAAUUUGUCAUCAAUGGACGUGGCGCAAAUAGCGGCUGCAAUGAGGAUGGGUAACAAUGGUGAUAUGAGUGGUGGCGGUCAGGGAUCGACGGGACCUCAACAACAAGGGGUACAGGCUUCCGGGCCCGAGCAGGCUCUCAGGAUGCACCAGGCGGAAGCACUUUUGCGUUCCCAUACGGAGGCUGCCCUAAGGCUAGCGAUGUCACAAGCUGCAGCGGCUGCCGCUAGUUCAGCAGUUGGUGGUGACAUGAGGCAUCAUCUUGGACAGCAUAAUGGUGGCGGUGGUUCUGGUAUGCCGGGACAUCAUACGAAUCAACAAUUAUCACAACCCGAUACACUAUCACCUGACCUAGCAGAGCAGCUCAGACUUCAGGAGCAGCGAUUAGAGCAGGCCCUGAGGCUUCACGGGGAUCCUCGAGCGCUUAGUUUCAGUCUCCAGCAUGUUGUUAAUCAACAAACUAAUCAACAACCAUGAAAAUUCAGUUACUACUGAGACGAGUGGACCCCUUGGACGACGGAGACGUCCCUGCAGGUUGAGCGAGAUUCGCAAAUGCAAAAUCACUCAACCAUCAAUGAUCAGCAGGUCUCUAAGUUGGCAAUUCAACAUCCCGAAGAUCGUGGUAUUAAACGAAAAGCCGACGAAAUGAGUGGUAACGUCGAAAGCGCGUAGAAUCAUCAUCAUCAUCAUCAUGAAGCUACCGUUCGUUCAAGAGUGGUCAUUUCUCAAACACUCCCUGUCUCAGCAGUGCAACAAAAUUCAAAUAGAGAGAGAGACUUUCGCCGAACAGUUUUAACACACGUAUAAUAGUGGUGACAAAAAAAAUUUGUUUUUUUCCCCAAAAAAACACGUGAAGCUGUUCGUUAAUAAGCUCAUAAAUGGACUCGUAAUCACGAGUUAUUCUAGAUCGUUGGACGGUUCCCAAUCUCUGGCUCUGCGACGACCUGACCCGGAAUGUAGACUGAUGUUAAAAUUCAAGACCUUCGAGUCAAAAAAAAAAAAAUUGAUCUCUACUGGGUCUUUGCCUUUUCUCAUAAUUACAAGCUCAGGUCUCCUUGUACAAAAGGGGCUUAACAAGGGUGUUCAGGACUCGUCACAGCGCCAAAGACACGGAACCCAAAACGUGCCAUAAUUUAAAAAAAAAAAAUAAUAAUAUUAAAAGUUACUAAGUUCACUGAAACGAAAAAGUAAAACUUAGAAACACUAUCCAAGGUACUAUGUAUAAAUAAAUGGUACAAGAGCCACAACGUAAUGUGGGAAGAAGGUCACGGGCGACCUAUCUUCUCAUUGAAGGCUCAACAAACUAAACUAAAGCAAACUUAAGGUUCCCUUAUUCUUAAUUCAUGUAAAGUUUAAGGCGUUAAUUCCCCCGAGCGUCAAGGUAUCUCACGUGGAUGCGCAAAUUCGCGUGAGCCCUGCGCAAGGACUGACGGGACAUAAAAGAGACGGACGUAUAACUAGUAACUGAACACACACAUAUAUACACAAUACUCAUAUAUAAACACUACAAAAGCCAACUGAAAGUUAUACUUGAACAUAAACACACUUGUGAAAAAAAAAGUAACACUAAUAACACUCAUCACGAAACAUUCAUGCGCGCAAAUGUGCUCAUUGUAGCACAAAAACUAUUAGCUCAUAAGCGAACAAACAAAAUAUAAUUAUUACAAACAAGUUAUAUUAUAUAUAUUAUAUAUACAUACAGAAUAAUAUGAAAAUAAAAAUUAGAGCGCGAGAGAGCAUUGUGAGAAAGCAAGAGAGAUAAAAGAAACUAAAUGCUAAAUAUUAUAAAUAUAUAUUAUAUAUAAAUAUUAUAAAUAAUGAAUAUAGGGUCUAUGAGACUAGAUUAGUUAGGGGGGAAAAAGAAAAAUGAAUGAAAGGAACGCUCGCGCAUUUUGAAUACUUAUUCACAUUUUCCGAGAUCAGGUGAAAAUGGUCAUGAAUGAAGAAUUUAAAAAAAAAAUAAAAUAAACAGAACAAGAGGUUGUGAAAAUGUAAAAAAAAAAUUUAGAUAAGAAUAAAUCUCGGGAAAAGUGAAUAAGCAUCAAUGCGCGAGCACAAGAGUAUUAGAUGUAUGACUGCAAAACGUGAAAAAAAAAUGAAUGAACAAAAAACGAAUGAUUGUAUUUUGAAAGCGAAUGAAUCAGAAAAAUGGUACGAUUGAUAUAAUCUGAGGUCCUGUGAUCGUUAUAAGCGAAAUAUUUUUUUAUUUCCGAGUAAACGCGUAAAAAUUUGCGUCGUUUCGAACUUUUACUUGCAAUAUACCGUUACGUUCUCGCAAUAUACUUAGAAAGAAGAGGAAGAAGACGAGUAUGAGAUCAGGGGCAAAAAAAAGAAACUAAAGAAAAUAUAAUCCAAUUUCAAAAAAACAAAAGACUCGCGCCCUAAAGUCGUGAUCGUUCGUGCUUUCGAUGGGGAGAUAAUCUUUCGACGAGUCCAGAGAUAAAAAAAAAAAAAUCGCAGACCAAACGAGAGAACGCGACGUUAGGUUCAAGAACGAAUGUGCGCGAUAAAAAAACGAUGUAAACAGAAACGUGGAAAUUCGGUAAUCGACAAUAUUUAUAGAUAAGCUCUAGAUUAAAUCUUUUU